AGAAAAGGGGAGAGUGCAAAAGCAAUCUCUCUUUUUUGGAUCACUCAACUUAACAUGCAAUAUCUCAUAAAAGAUCCAACGUCCCAAACCCAGUUUUUCUCUUCCAAUUUCGAUAUGAUCAACCCUGGUGGUGGAGCAUUUUCAUCUCCUGAAAUAGCGCGUUCUUCCCAUGCUCAAACGCCUACUGAUCAAGACGCUAAGUUCGAAGGAAUUGGUGCACAUGUAAAGCUGCUUCUAAAAUUAGUCCACGAACAAAGCCACGCCAGCAAUGGAGAGCUUGAUGAUCGAAGAACGCAACGGGUUCCCGGUAUGAUUACCAUCCUAGACGAUGUUAAAACGCGGAUCCAAAAAUAUUCUCCGCCUGUUGGCAAAAGUUUAAAGGAGUUUAGGCGGUGCAACACAGAUCUCAGGCCACACCGUGCCCCAAGGGACAACAGGUCUGCUGAUGUUGUAAUUGAUGAGGAAGAAAAGUUGAGGAGAGAAGCUGCAUGCAAGCAGCGCAGCAAGGAAGAGCCUUGAAGCAAUGUGUUGCAGCUUGGGAAAGGAGAAGAAAAUUAUGGCCUCAGAACUUUCUAGGAAGGUUCAAGAAUUAAGUGGAAUGAAGGAACUCAUCAAUGACCUUAAAGCACAAAACGAGACAUUGUUGGAGAAAGUACAAGCUUGUGCUCAAGAGCACAGUUCAGAUAACAAGUCUGGUGGAGAGACUCGAGGGGGGGCGGUCAAUGCUGCCCUUCGGGAGAGAAACAGGGCUCUUUCGGAGCAACUUUUGAAGUCCCUUGAUGGGUAUCGAUCCUUAAAGAAAAAAUAUAAAGAUGCAAAACAGGAAAAUAUAAGAAUUCAAACAACGGAGGAAAUCGGGGGUUGCAGUAGCAGCAGGGCUUGAACGAAUACGUGGACUCAAGCAGCAGUUGGCAACAAUAGAAGAAAUACAGAAAUCAGAUAUUGAAAAGGAAAUUUUAGCAUUGGAGUGCAUGUUCCAGAGUUUCAACAAGAAGAUUUCAAAGCACAAGCGUAAGAAAAGCACCAGAAACUGAGAUCAAAUACCAGUACCGGUAUGUCUUCUAGUCCAACAUGAGAA